AUAUAAACUCCAUUCCCGGCAACAAUCUCAAAAUUUUCCGAUCAUCUUCUCCGGCCAUCCUCUUUCUACCUGUAAGUUUUCAAAUAAUCCAAUCAUCAAAUUCAUUUUCAGAUCUCAUCUCGCAUAUGUAUUUCCAUAUCAUCAAAUUCUUCUUCAUUCUACUACCAUGACUAUCAGAUCAUGUUAUAGAAUCUUCAUUCGUCGCCGCAACUCCUUUAUCUCCUCAUUUCCUUCUCCGAAUCGCCUCCAUUUGAAUUAUGAUUAUAGCCGUAAGUUCCAUAACGAUUCUCCUCUAUUUUCUGUGUUCCGAUGUUUAAUUAAUCGUAAUCACAACUCACAUGUUAGAAACUACUCUUCUUUCAUUGAUAAACGUGUGAAUGAUGAUAAUCUAGAUGUUAAACCUAUAGUAGUUGAAAUAAUUGAUAGAGAUGAAACUAUAGAACAAGGAUUGAAUGAAGUUAGGGUUUCGAUUGAGGAUAAAGAGGAAUCGAUUAUCGAGAAGGAGGCUUGGAUUUUACUGAAGAAAUCAGUUGUUGAAUACUGUGGAAAUCCAGUUGGUACUGUUGCUGCUAAUGAUCCAUCUGAUAAUCAGUCGCUUAAUUAUGAUCAAGUCUUUAUUCGUGAUUUUAUCCCUUCUGCUCUUGCAUUCUUGCUUAAAGGAGAAAAAGAGAUUGUUAGGAACUUCUUACUUCAUACAUUGCAAUUGCAGAGUUGGGAGAAAACUGUUGAUUGUUAUAGCCCGGGACAGGGUUUGAUGCCUGCUAGUUUUAAAGUUAGGACAGUUCCUCUUGAUGAAAACACAUAUGAAGAAGUUUUAGAUCCUGAUUUUGGCGAAUCAGCUAUAGGCCGUGUUGCACCUGUAGAUUCUGGGCUUUGGUGGAUUAUCUUAUUAAGAGCGUAUGGGAAGAUCACCGGUGAUUAUGCAUUACAGGAAAGGGUGGAUAUUCAAACCGGUAUAAAACUUAUAAUGAAUUUGUGUUUAUCAGAUGGAUUCGAUAUGUUUCCUUCUCUGUUAGUCACUGAUGGUUCUUGCAUGAUUGAUCGAAGAAUGGGAAUCCAUGGCCACCCUCUUGAGAUUCAAGCGUUAUUCUACUCGGCUCUGAGAUGCUCUAGGGAGAUGCUUUCUAUGGAUGACGAUGGAUCGAAGAAUUUAGUUAGGGCAGUCAAUAAUAGGCUGAGCGCGUUAUCUUUUCAUAUAAGAGAAUAUUAUUGGGUUGAUAUGAAAAAGAUAAAUGAGAUAUACAGGUACAAAACUGAGGAGUAUUCAGUAGAUGCUAUUAAUAAGUUCAAUAUUUAUCCAGAACAAAUUCCUUCUUGGCUAAUGGAUUGGGUUCCAGAGAAGGGUGGUUAUCUAAUAGGAAAUCUACAGCCAGCUCAUAUGGACUUUAGGUUCUUCACUCUUGGAAAUCUUUGGUCCAUUGUUUCUUCUCUUGGUACCCCUAAACAAAACGAGGCCAUCCUUAAUCUGAUCGAAGCUAAAUGGGAUGAUCUUGCUGGACAGAUGCCUGUCAAGAUCUGUUACCCGGCUUUGGAAUAUGAAGAGUGGCGUAUAAUCACUGGUAGUGAUCCAAAGAAUACGCCAUGGUCAUAUCAUAAUGGAGGUUCUUGGCCAACACUUUUAUGGCAGUUCACAUUGGCGUGUAUGAAGAUGGGCAGAACAGGGCUAGCUCAAAAGGCGAUUAAUUUGGCUGAAAAGAGGCUGAGAACAGACAGAUGGCCGGAAUAUUAUGAUACACAAAGUGGGAAGUUUAUAGGGAAGCAAGCUAGACUUUACCAAACGUGGACAAUUGCAGGAUAUCUAACUUCCAAAAUGUUAUUGAAGAAUCCAGAAAUGGCUUCUUUAUUGUUCUGGGAAGAAGACUAUGAAAUUCUUGAGAAUUGUCUUUGCGGUAUUAGCAAAUCUAACCGUAAGAAAUGCUCUCGAGGUGCUGCCAAAUCUCAGAUUCUCGUUUAAACUAUUUUGUUGUAGCACAAAGAAGCUGAUAUUUUUGGUAAAGUUAACGACGAGAGCUUAGGAUAUGCUCUGAAUAAAAUUUGGGCUACGACGGUGACGACAAUCGAGCUAGGUUUGAGGUAAUAAAUCGUGGUUUUCAAAAAAAAAUCUUAUUUAUAUAAAGUGUUGUAUGGGGUAUACAAAUAGGGAGGUUUGUUUUCUUUGAAACAAUUAGUAGUACUGAUGAUUAACCAUUUUUAUAGGUUAAACAUGAAUCAUACUUAUUUAUUGGUAUAUUCUGGAUUUCUGUUGAUGAAUAUUUGGUUGAAAAUAUAUUGCAUU